GUGCGUCUGUGUCUGUGUGUGCGUGUGUGGCAAAUUCCCAUAUUGCAAGAAGCAGCAUUCGAUGCAGCGGUUGGGUGUUUAGGAUGUCGGAUUGGGGAUUUACGGAAUGAGCACCGUGCGCUUUUUUUUAUUUUACAAAACCAGUACAAUACGGAAAUUAAAACAUCGCAGUUUCCGAAUUCUUCCCGAAACUUGACUUGGGUUGGAACACUUUAUUACUGGAUCUUUUUUUUUUUCCUCACAGAGAAAAUGCUGAAGACAAACUGAGGCUGUAGCCUAAUUCCUCGAAAGUUGGAAAAAACGAAUGCGACUAUUUCCAAAUCUAACUUCAGGUUUCGUUCGCUUUGUGGAACUAUGGGAACGACCGAUAGCGACUUCGUGGUCGUCUUUGUCCGAAGUCUUCUUCUGAUGGUUGCCCUGGCUUCAAAUCUGAGAUGCGAAGCUGACCCAGGGAUGACUCUGGACAUGGACGGGCCGGCUGAGGUUCAGAGCGGGGCGGCACCGACCGCUGAAGGCUUCUACCUGAGGUUCCUGGGCCCGGUCAACAACAUCACCCACUUCCAGGGCCAGACUGCCACGCUGCACUGCAGGGUUUCGGGGAACCCCUGGCCAACCAUCCGCUGGCUGAAGAACGACGCCCCCGUGGUUCAGGAGCAGGGACGCAUCUCCAUCCGGAAGACGGACUCGGGCUCCAAGCUGCGCAUCACCGACCUGGACACCACCGACACCGGCUACUACCAGUGUCUGGCCACCAACACCCUGAAGGUCAUCUCCAACACCGGGGUGCUCUACGUCAAGCUGGGACAGCUUCCAACACAUGGCCCCGUUGAAAAAACACCCGCGAAAGGCUUCUGUCAGCCGUACCGGGGCAUCGCUUGCGCUCGCUUCAUCGGAAACCAGAGCAUCUAUGUUGAGUCUCUGCAGAUGCAGGGGGAAAGCGAGAACCGCAUCACAGCGGCCUUCACAAUGAUCGGGACGUCCACCCACCUGUCGGACGACUGCUCCCAGUUCGCCAUCCCGUCCUUCUGCCACUACGUGUUCCCCCUGUGCGACGAGGAGGCGCGGGGCCCCCACCGGAGGCAGCUGUGUCGGGACGAGUGCGAGGCCCUGGAGGACGACCUGUGCCACGCCGAGUACACCAUCGCCCGCUCCAACCCCAUGAUCCUCAUGCAGCUGGAGCUGCCCAGCUGCCACCUGCUGCCCCCGCCCGCCUCCCCGGACGCCGCCUCCUGCAUGAGGAUCGGGGUGCCCGCCGAGAGCCUGAACCCCAACUCUCCCCCGGACCACAGCUGCUACAACGGCAGCGGGGCCCAGUACAAAGGCACGCUCAGCGUCACCAAAUCAGGAUACCUGUGCCAGCCGUGGGGUACCCACUACCCCCACAAGCACCACCUGUCGCCCACAGAGUACCCCGAGCUCCGGGGGGGCCACAACUUCUGCCGUAACCCCGGGGGUCAGAUGCAGGGCCCCUGGUGCUUCACGCUGGACCCCCAGGUCCGGGUGGACCUCUGUGAGAUCUACCCCUGCAAGCCCCCAGACAACCUGAAGAAGGAGAUCCUGUACAUCCUGAUCCCCAGUAUCGCCCUCCCGCUGGUGAUCGCCUGCCUCUUCUUCCUGUUCUGCAUGUGCCGCAACAAGCAGAAGGGGAACACGGACACGCCUCCUCGCCGCCAGCUCGCCGCCUCCCCCAGCCAGGACAUGGAGCUGCCUCUGCUCAACCAGCAGAAACACCACCCGACGAGGGAGAUCAGCAUGUCCACCCUGCACUUCAUGGAGGACCUGGGCGAGGACCGUUUCGGGAAGAUGUACAAGGGCCACCUGUACGGCGCGGCCCACGGCGAGCAGAGCCAGGUGGUGGCCAUCAAGACGCUCAAGGACAAGGCCGACGCCGCGCUCUGCGAGGAGUUCCGGCAGGAGGGCGUGCUGCGCGCGCGCCUGCAGCACCACAACGUCCUGUGCCUCCUGGGCGUGGUCACCAAGGAGCAGCCCGUGAGCAUGGUGUUCGGCUACUCGGGCCGUGGCGACCUGCACGAGUUCCUGGUGGUGCACUCGCCCCACUCCGACGUGGGCGGCUCCGACGACGACCGCACCGUCAAGUCCACGCUGGAGCAGGCCGACUUCCUGCACAUCGUGACCCAGAUCGCCGCCGGCAUGGAGUACCUCUCCAACCACCAGGUGGUCCACAAAGACCUGGCCGCCCGCAACAUCCUGGUGUGCGACAAGCUCAACGUCAAGAUCCAGGAUCUGGGCCUGUCCCGGGACGUGUACUCGGCCGACUACUACAACCUCUUCGGCUCCAACUCCUUCCCCGUCCGCUGGAUGUCCCCGGAGGCCAUCAUGUACGGGAAGUUCUCCACCGACUCGGACAUCUGGUCGUUUGGCGUGGUGCUGUGGGAGAUCUUCAGCUACGGCCUUCAGCCGUACUGCGGCUACGCCAACCAGGACGUGGUCGAGAUGGUGCAGGGCCGGCAGUUCCUGGCCUGUCCCGACGACUGCCCGGCCGGGACCUACACCCUGAUGCUGGACUGCUGGAGCGAGUUCCCCACCAGCCGGCCCCGCUUCAAGAACAUCCACGCGCGCCUGCGGACCUGGGAGAGCGCGUCCAGCUACAACAGCUCGGCUCAGACGGCCAGCACCAGCAACACCACUCAGACCAGCUCCCUGAGCACCAGCCCCGUGAGCAACGUUAGCAUGGGCACGGCGAACGCGUCGCGCUACGCCAGCCCCAAGAAAAGCUUGCCCCCCUACCCCCAUCCUCAGUUCAUGCCCAUGAAGGGUCAGAUGCAUCGGCCGAUGAUGCCCCAACAGAUCUACAUUCCCGUGAACGGGUAUCCGCCCAUGCAAGCCUAUCCGUAUAUGCAAAACUUCUACCCCAUGCAGAUUCCGAUGCCGAUGGCUCAUCAACAGAUGCAUCACCCGACUCCGCUGGUGGCCAAGGCUGGGUCUCAUCAUAGUGGCAGCGGAUCCACUUCCACAGGCUACGUCACCACACUGCCCUCCAGCAGCGGUGGGGCAGAGCGGGCAGCUGCUUUUAACGAUUCCAAGGCCAGCGAUGAAGACUUGGCUGACGGGUCGUCUCAGAAAGAGGGGGACCAGAAUGCAGAGUUUCAGCCAGUUCCGGAAACAGAAUUGCUUGGCGACAAUGAGGCGGUACAAGAGGAUUAGAUAGUGUGGAACUCUGAACACGCCUAGGGCGAGUUGCCUCUGGAACACGGAACAAACCUAGAGCUGAGGAAAUCUCUGAAUGAACAUAAGAAAUAUACAGAUGAAUGCUUUUUGAAUGUUUUGGAGAUACUCUUUUGCCAUCACUGAUGUAUUUAAUGCAAAUUGUGUCUCAGGUGUGAAUCUGUAAAAUACCAGUGUUAAACAUUGCAGAAUGAAUCUUAAUAUUCUUUCCCAUAGAGAGAAGAGGAAAGAAAUCCCGAUUCAUUAUGGAGACAAUCAUGGACCUUAUCAUUAGUAUGUGGCACCGCUGUGUAAUACUAAUCAAUCAAAUAGGGAUUCAAGAUGUUUGGGUUCGCCGAUUUGACAGUGUUUUUAUUGUACUGUUGUUGUUUUGUUAAAACAUUGUUUGAUAAAAAAAAACACUAGCCAACAUUAAGUUAACAUGUGGUAGAAUGUAUUGCAUAUAGAGGUUUUGUAAAGGCGCACAACUUCACAUUGUUUGUAUUAUUGUUAUUUUUAAGGAGUUUACUUGUUUAAUUGACGUUAUCUCUAAAUAUACCUCAGUGUAACAACUAUAGACCAGAUAAUAAUGGGAGUAAGAUUCCCAUUAGAAAAAUUCCAUUGAUUUAUUCCAUUAUCUGCCUAUAUUUUCUACUCUGAGUAGUAGCUGGAGGUUAUUCUUUACAAUCAAACGUUUCAUGUCCUAUUGUACACAUUUGUAAUUUAUGUAAUUAGUUUUGGAGCUUUGUUUGCUUACGAUAUCUUUUUCUUGUUUUACCACGAUGUCAUUGCCACCAGAUAUUAGCCUAAAUAACAUACUCUAUAAUCAACCAUGGGGUAUACAGUACAAUUCAUUUCCUAAAAGACAUUGAUGUGUUUUAUAAUGGAGAAAUAAAAUAUGCAACAUUACCAGAUAUCAUUACUUGUCGAUCAAAUGUGUUUCAUUGUUUUCAUUUAUUUAUCAAUUUUACUAAAUAAAACUAUGGACAAUUUGA